AUGGCGAAGCAUGUUUAUGUAGAUAACCUACCUGAUCGGGUUCUUAGGUGUAGACAUGUGUCUAUCGUAGAGCCUCCUCCAGAAAUCGUAAGCCUUUUAAGAGAAGCCGAGUUCUAUCAUGAGGCUCAAAUUCGUAAUUUCCGAAUUGAUGCUACUCUUGUGAGCACAUUAGUGGAGAGAUGGCGGACUGAAACACACACAUUCCACCUUACAUGUUGUGAGACAACAAUCACAUUGGAAGAUGUGGCGCUAUUACUUGGCUUACCCAUUAACGGCCACGAAGUUAUCGGGCAGACUUCCGGCUUAGGAAGUGCUGUCUGUGCAGAGUUGCUCGGAGUGGUCCCAUCGGUGGAGCAAAGGAAAGGUCAGAGUAUAACUCUAACGUGGCUUGAGGAAACAUUUGGCAUGUUGCCAUACGAUGCAAGUCAACACCAGAUAGAAUAUUAUGCACGUGCCUAUAUCCUAAGGCUUAUUGGUUGUGUUCUCAUGCCAGAUAUGUCUCAGAACAGGUUUCAUCUGAAGUGGUUACCACUUCUGAGGGAUUUUACAGAAGCAGGAAGAUAUAGUUGGGGUGCAGCAUGUCUAGAUUUCAAGUAUAUCCCCUCAAACCCGUGCUAUCGUAACCUUUCUUCUGGCUUGAAGGUAUUAAUAAUCGUUGAUUAUUUGGCAAAUAAUUUUGAACAGUUUAUAUGGCGGCCUUAUGAUUCGAACAAGAUAAUCGCACAAGUGCCACAUGACAUUUUUGCGGACAGACCUUUAUGGACUGCAUUUACAUCAUUAAUUUGCUUCGAAGUUGUUGAGUGGCACCAAACAGAUCGAGUGACAAAACAAUUUGGCUUCGCCCAAGGUGUUCCUCUCAAUCUAGUUUGCAUUGGACUGACCCAUGAUCAUGAUCUUCGUGGUAGAAUUGACACAGAUUGGGCAUUGAUGCACAAAAGAUGGAUUGGAUACUGGAGAGAUAGAGCGUCACGUUGCCUCAGCCUCCAUAUUCUUGCUGGGAAUAACGCAAUGUCUGUGGAAUAUUAUGACUGGUAUACUACUAAUACCAUACUAUUUUUAUCGACAGAUCAGGACCUGUUGGAUCCUCGUACGAGAGCGAACACUCUUCCAGCGCCCCUCAGAGCGUUUCCAACAGUAGUUGUAGAUGUGUCACCACCGAGUCCUCCUGCACGAAGACGUCGUCAGCAUAAUUCUCGGGCCAAAAAUGACGAGGCACAUAUUCCUUGA